AUGUUAAGUACUGUAUUUAGACGAUAUAUAACUACUUCAAGAAUGGUAUCCCAACAAGCUACUGAAAGAGUUAAAGUUUUAAUUAACUCCAAGCCAAUUUUUAUUGCUUCUAAGACUUAUUGUCCUUACUGUAAAGCUACUAAAAGUACUAUUGGUGAAAUUACUAAGGAUGCUUAUAUUUUAGAAUUAGAUGAAUUAGAUGAUGGUGAAGAAAUUCAAGCUGCUUUAUUAGAAUUAACCGGUCAAAGAACUGUCCCAAAUGUCUUCAUCAAUGGUGAACACAUUGGUGGUAAUUCCGAUGUCCAAGCCUUAAAAUCGUCUGACAAAUUAAUUCCAAAGAUUAAGGCCGCUUUAUAA